AUGAUGAUCAAAAGCCUCUUGUUCGCUGUCGGUCUCGCCUUCACGGCCGCGUCUGUCCAUGGCGCCGAGUGCUUGACGGAAGCGCCUCCUACCGUCUACGAAGAUGAGAACAUCUCCCCUCAAAACGCGGACUAUGAUGCAGUCAACAAAAUGUUUGUCGCGCAUCCUGGCUGGUACAAUGACAAGUCCAUUUCGUACUACAAGUUUCGUGUCUUUGCUCCGGCAACGUACGACGACUUGAUUACUCCAGAAUCCUCGGUGGCCGAUGUUCCCAUUCAGAAAGUCUACUUGGUCACGUCCACCGGCGACUUCGAUGGAGUGAUGGGCUCACCUAUCAUUGAGUACCACCAUGUCGAUGACAACUCGUACUCGGACUUCAUGGCGCUCCAUUUCGUCAUGGCUCCCGACAACUAUACCGCCAACGACUUUCAGAGCCACAAGGACAUUAUUACCAGCGGAGCCACAAUGUCCAAUGCCGAUAUUGUCGUCAACAUGCCAAUUGUGCCUACCGGAUCUACUUUGCAGCACCCAGAGACCAAAGGCAAGGCUCCCAUUGAUGCUCUCAAAGUCUGGUACAACUGUGUGGAAGUCUCGACCUUUGUCUUUGAAGUCACGUCUGCCGAUGCUGCUAGCUACUUUGGCUUUACCCGAUCCGGCGACAAUGGUGUCGCCACGGGUCGUGCCGCUGGUGAACAAGGCUUUGACAUUUCUGUGGCUCCCAACAUGUGGUCGCCUGCUACGAUGAAGCUCAACGCCAUUCCAAUCUGGCACGUCAACCAGUUUUCUCGCGGUGUCACCCCUGGAGCUGGAGGCGGACCGUCUCCUGAUGGCAUGCGAAAUGUGGUCAACUUGGACCGCGGCGACCCAGGCUACAGUCCCUUGUGGCAGAUUUGGUGGGCCAAGACGUUGCCCAUCAACUACUCGGCCGAUGAAGCUUCCAACAGCAGUGUCCUUGUUCCCUCGAAUGGCUUUGAGUUUGUGGUGGCACCCAUGUGGGUAAACUGCCCAAAUUUUGGUCUAGUUGGAACUGUCAACAACCCGAUGCGCAAGGAGGACUCCUUCCAGACCAAAAUCAGCUUGUCCGACGAGUCGUCGUGGAUCAUGGGAAGCGAUGCCACGCUUAUUUUCAACCCCGACAUGCCGAUUACGUUCUUUGCUGCUGAUGGAACCGAGCUCGGUAGCACACAAACCAAUGUCAUGGGAGCCUACGAGUACGAGCUCAAGACUGAGGAUAUUCCCGCAGGAACGGAAAUGAUCAAGGUCAUGUUCAAGGACGCGUUGAUCGAUACGAUUGCGGUGGAGGAAGGCAACAGCAGUGGUGCCACCUCGUCUUUUGGUUUGACGGCUAUGGUGGGAUCUGUGAUUGGGCUUCUCUUGGCUCUUUGGUAG